AUGUGCUUUGUUGACCUAUAUGUGUUGUAUGUAAAUGAGUGUGUAUUGAUAUUAAAAUCAAAAUUGUUUGUUUUCCAUACCAAAAUGUUUGCAAUUUCGAGGAGCCUUCGGAUGAGCCGCUGCCUUUCGGGUUUCCGACGUGGUUUGAGCCUAAGCUGCCAGUCCGGCCCUCGCAUCCUGGCCGCCAUCGACUUCGACAGGACCAUCGUGGAGGAGGACUCGUACUUGGCAGUCAGCCGGCUGUUGCCCACCCGGCAACGCCAGGAGCUGCAGGAGCAGAUCCGGAAGUCUGGCUGGCUGGCCUUCAUAGCCCGUGUGCUGCAGCUGCUGCACGGCGAGCACAAGGUGAACUCCGCGUCGGUGGGAAUGCUUGUGCGCCGUUUGCCGGCGGUCCCAGGGAUGCUACGCGUGGUGCGGCGUCUAGCCAGGAAUCCGAAGGUCGACCUGUGCAUCGUCAGCGAUGCCAACUCAUUCUUUAUCGGCGAGUGGCUGCGGGAAUACGCCAUUGAGUGCCUCUUCGCCGGCGUUUUCACCAAUCCCGCCUGCGUGCAGUCGAGCGGCGAGGUUCUGGUGCUGCCCUACGAGGAGCAGGGCCACUGCGAGCUCUGCCCCUCCAAUUUCUGCAAGGGGGCCGUGCUGGAAGAGCUCAUCUGCAGCGGUAAAUACGAGCGAGUGAUCUACGUGGGCGACAGCUGCAAUGACCUGUGCGCCAUGAAACGGCUGCGGGAAAAGGACGUGGCCUGCAUUCGGCGCGGAUUCGAGCUGUUCGGAAAGUUGGCCGCCCACGGGCGUGACCUGAACUGCCACGUGCUGACCUGGCGAGAUGGCCAUGAACUGGAGGAGCUCCUGAUGCCCAAAAUCGUGGCGUAGAGUUUGUGGUAAGGCCAGGUUAUUAAUGCUGCUGUUUUAUUCGACUUAAAAAUAAAUCUUUUAGUAUGUAUACAUAAGAAUAAUUUCACUUAAUAAGGACUUAAGCAUUAAAUUCCAUGGAAAAGUAGAUUAACGAGGUCUCUUCAGCGUCUGCAGCUGGGCCCGUGUGAAUAUCCACUUUGUGUUAAGUAGACCGAAGACUUAUAGCUACCUAUUCAUUUAUCGUUCGCUAUUGCUGCUGCGGCGGUAUCAGAACUGUUUUCCUAAUAUUAUUUCACACACGGUUUUUUCAUCAAUCUUUGCCUUCUCCUCAUUCUUUUUCGCCGAAAUUGUAUAUGUUCUUGUGCUUUUAUCUUAUAGUUACAGGUAAUAUAUAUCAUUUGUUUGCGUGUGGGUGUGUGGGUUCCUUUGUUGGGUAUGUGUUAGCAUAAAUUACAUUUAUAAUACAUUCUUAACCGUACAAUUACAGAGUAGAACUUCGCUCCCUACUAUUCUUUAUCAAACGAAGAUAUAAUUAUCCUCUUACGAGUCUAGCAAGACUAAACAAAAAAAACAAGCAGCUACCGCACACGAAGACACUACUUAGGUUGUGCUUAACUACUUAAAUGGACUACGGGCCGUAGUUCUUAUAAAUACAGACAUAUACAUGUUCAAAAAAUUCGGCGCAUAAGACAUUUAAAAUCAAAAAGGGGCUCAUUUUGCGUGUAUAUAUAAAUAUAGUAUAUAGAUACAGUGGUUAAGACUUAGAGGCUGAGAAAUAGACACUAUUUCGAUUCAAAAGUGAACAGUAAUACCAAACGUUAGGCCUACAGAUGUGGACAACGACAAGUACGUGCACCAGGAUUAGUACACGGUCACGAAAGUACAAACAAAGCUGUCGUUAAAACUGAAAUCUGUUUGCAUAGGCGCGCAAUUGAACUAAAAUGCGUCAAAUGAAUUCUCUAGAAACAAAAUGAAACUGACUUAGUGCUAGGUUUUUAAACUUUAAACGUAAAAGAAGACUUAAGCAUAACAUGGUCUACUCGGUGAUUUGGGUGCUUGUCAUGUGUGUGUGUUGUGUUUAUGUGGUUGGGUUGUUAACAUUAGCAAAGUUAAGUAACAUAACUAUAAUAGGAAUAUUCGUAUAUAUAUAUAUAUGUAGAUAUAUAUAAACAAACAUGUGUGUAUAUAUAUAUAUAUUUACAUAUAUAUAUCUAUAUAUAUAACAAUCGCAAUGCGAUGUACUGACAAUAAAAAAUAAUGAUAGUAAAAAAAAUUCUUAAAUAUUUUUUUCUCCAAUCCGGUUCCUCUUGCUGUCGCAUUAAUUAAUACUAUGCAUCUGCGUAUUUUUGGGAUGGCGGCAGCGGGGUCACGACCACGCUGGGGGCUUGAGGAAGAGUGGCGCGUCCGGCGCUAACUAUAAGUCCGUUAGAGUGCGCUUGGCACAAUAACGUAUGACCCCCACUCAGG